AUGCUGAAGUCGAAUAAAACCUCUGUCACAAAGAGUAUCACAAGUCUCAACGAAGUACUCACCAAACUCCAAGAGCCAGUCAAAUGUGCGACAACGCGGCUGGCUGUGGUCGAACUGUUAAAGCGAAAGAGUAGCUUGGAGGACGCCAUCUCCAGAAGCGAAGCCAAACUUCAACUUUUGCUUUCGUGUGAGGGAGUCGACAAGGAUGUAACCAUCGACGACUACGUCAACAAAGCAACAGAAGCCAUAGAAGAAGGUUUUAGUGUCAACAGAGAAUUGAAGGCAUUAAUCAUCGAAAGAGAACAACAGGUCGCCGAAGAAAACGAGGCACGAAGGGCCGGUAAUCCAACAACCGUCCAUCAAGAAGUGCCGAAAUUGCAAUUUCGAACGCCAAAGUUCAAUCUACCUGUUUUCGAUGGAGAAGACCACACGAAAUGGCCAUCCUUUGCACAAACGUUUGAAGCCUAUGUAAAAUCAACAAAUUUUACACCCUUCGAAAAAAUAACCGUAUUGAAGGAAUGUUUGCAAGGGAAAGCUCGACUAGCUUCGGAAGUGGCUACACUGGAAUGUAAUAACACUGUAAUAAAUCAGAUAUGUGAACCACACAUCUGGUCAACAAAGGAAUUAAAAAUAAGUCAAGAUUUACACUGCAACGUGACCUGUGGACAGAAUCAACAGUAUCUUCAGCUACAUCAUGAAGUAGGACUGGCCCACAUUAUGAAUGACUACUUGGUUCCAAAUCAGUCGAUGGUACAAGAAGAGAAAUCAAAUAUUAAUAUAAUAUUCUUUGGUAUUGUAUUUAUGGUGAUUAUUCUUUUCUUAUUCAAAACCAAUCUUGGUGGAUUUGCUCUUAGUCUAAUUGUCAGAUUACUCAAAACUAAAACACUGUAA